AAAGUUGUUUUUAUAAAACUUUUAUGUAAUUUUUUUUUGGUGAUUAUUUAACUGUGCACCUGCACCCUGCACUUAAAAAAUUAUGAUCAAUAUGAUUAUGAUUGAUAAUUAUUCAAUGUGGUCUUUAAAUAUUUAUAAACAACAUCAACUUUUUGAGUGAACAACAAAAAUAAAAGUGGAAAUCAGUAAACGUUAGGGGUGGGUGUUUUAAAAACGCAAGUUGUUCGUAACACAAGUGUGAAUGGUAAUAAGUAGCGGCAUGGCAGCCGCAGUGACUGCUGCGCCCCCCAUUUCACAUCAAACAUCGGCGCCAAUGAGUUUAAUGUCGUGUGUACGUGAAUCAUCACCGCCUUUACAAGAUCUUGAUUCAAGUACCGAACAAGAAAUUGAUAAAAAUGAAACAUCAAAGAAACGACGUUUUCAUCCAUUCCGUGGUUUACGUAAAAUGUUUCGACGUAAAGUACGUCAUUCAAGUGUUGGUGCUGUUGGUAGUACCGGUACAGGGGGUGGAGGUCUAAGUGGGGAUGAAUUUAAUAUACAUGGUGGGUUGGAUACAACAACACCUGAACCAGAAACACCAAAUAUGGAUUCACAUCGGAGUCGUUCAACAAGUGAAUUAUUAGCGGGUGAUGAGCCAACACGUAGAAAGAGUGGAACCGGUGGACUUUAUAGUGGACAUCACGGUGGCUUAAGUGUAUCACAUGACAGUGUAUUCACCGGAGAUCCAUUAUCAGGAUCCGAUCUCGAAUUGGAUACCGCACAAAGUUCAUCAUCCUUAUCAAUACAACAAUUGGUUUUACCUGGAGUUCGAGCAGAAUUAUUGGAUGCCGUACGUCGAAGGCGUGGUCGUGAAGAUACCAGUGAAGAUGAUGAAGAUUUAGGUUUACCCCGGAGUCCCUGUAAUUCACCAACAACAGCCGAUAUUCUAUUGGAAAAAUCAGUUAAGGAUCACACGACAAAAUCACACAGUACUUGCAGUGAUGGAUCAUUACUUAGUAUGGGAAGUUCAGAAAUGGAUGAGGAUUCUUUCGGAUUGCAUUCAAGGCAUUCUUCAAAAGUAUCACUCCAUGAAAAGAAGACAUCACCCUCCAUAGGGCUUGAUUUAGAAUCCGAGCUGGAUCUCGGAGAUAGUGGUUCCUUGUCAGCGCCAUUGAGUCAUAGUGCAGCACGUCAUAAAAUGGCUGUACGUCCAAAAAGAACACAUGGUGCUCCACGACGUCGCCGUGUACAACAGUUGACAACUGGUACAGCAUUGCCUACCACACCAGAAGUGAAUGAAGAAACUUUACGUAGUGUAACUCCAGAAGUUACAAAACAAGGAUUGACGAAUAUAAAGCUUACUAGUAGCAGCACAGGCAUGACAGAAUGUUCAAUGAUGAUCUCAAACGAAACACGAUUAAAAUCGUCAUCUCUUCCACCUGGUUUAGCUUUAUCAACUGCCAUAGCACAACAGAAAUAUCUGUCACGUAGUCGAUCCAAUGCCACGACGACCACUGUCCAAGAACAUCCCAUUGACCAAACGCAAAUAUUACGUUCAACAUCACAUGACCUGGAGCUAGAACGCUUUGAAGAUGACGACCAGAAAACAAUUGAAAAGAAACAACGCGAGGAAUCGUCAUUUUUUGGACGAUUACUAUCAAGGCGUAGUGGGAAGAAAAAGAAGGAGAAAAUCGAAGAAAUCUCUACGAAACAGACCACUUCGACUACAAUAUUUAAUGUAUCAAACGUGAAAAAGCGUAUGGAUGAAAAAGGUCGAUACGUCGAAAAUAAUUAUGUAUCACAUAAAUUACAUAAAAGUGGACCAUCGGCUCGUCAACGAAUUGAACCAAUCGAUAUUCCACCAAGCCCAGAAUUCCAUCAUAAAACGCCAAAACUACCGCCAUCUUCACCCAGUGCAAGACUUGUUCAUUGUGAUAUCGUAGAUGCCACAACAAAAAUAUCAACUAGCCCGCCAAAAAUUACACCCAAACCAUUUAUAACGGCAACAACACUAGCGAAAAUGGACGAAACGCCACGAUCCAAUCCAUUUGAGAAUGUACAAUUUCGACAAAAACGUAUGGACGCGUAUAUUAUGGAAGGUCCUCCAGAAAAUAUAACCAAAAUUGAUUUAACCGAAAAUUUUCUUAUUGAAAAGACUGACCAUGGUUUUGCCUCGUUGAAUCUCCUACAACAGGAUGAUCCAGGAUUAUCACGGCCUAUUUUAAAAUCACAUAGUUUUAAACAUCAUACGUCGAAACAUCGACAUUCAAAAGAGUUUUUAAUUCAAACGACAAACAAUAAAUUUCUUAUCGAUCAAACACAAAAGUUUAUUGAGUCUGAAAAAGAUUACAAUCAAUUACGAAAAUUCGAAAUAAAAAAAUCUUCAUCAUUAGACAGUAUCAAAUCUGUAUCCCCGAUAGAAAGUAGACCAAUGACAAUUGGAUGUAUAAAAGAUGCUGUGAGCGCCUCUAUCAAUGAUAAUGCUAGUGUUAAAACAUCCUCAUUAUCAGUCACUACCGUAUCUUGUAAUAAUAACGACAAAAGCAUCACCAACGAAGAGAGGGCAUUCGAAAAAACAAAUAUGAAAUCUGUUACGACCUUAUCCUCAAACAGUGAUAAAAGGAACGUAAAAACAUCAUCUUUAAGCGUUACCACCGUUACCUUAAACGAAUCAUCGAAUAAAAGCGCCUCUAACAUUGAAAACCAUAACUUUAAAACAUCGAUUACAACCGUAUCAUGUAACGAUAAUGAAAUGAACGAUAAUAAUACCGCCAAAAUUCAAAUAAAACGUUCAAGUAACGAAAAAACGAAUGUUCCAGAAUUUUUGAAAAUACAAUUAAAUAAAGUUGACACAAAACCGACAACGAAUGUUGUUUUAACUGCAAAUUUAUCAUCAAAAAAAGAUGAAAUUAACAAAAAUUUGACUGAUGUAAACAAAAAAGAUGAAAGAAUAACAGAUGUCAAUAAGACUGUCGAUGUAAAUAAAAUGUCCGAAACAAACAAAAUGGUGGACACCAAUAAAAUGACAGAUAUUAACAAAAUGGAUUUAAAUCGAAAAGAAGUAAGACAAAAAUUAACAGAUAAAUUAACAGAUAAAACGCCUGAUACAAACAAAAUGGUGGAAAAUAAAAAAGUGACAGAUGUAAGCAAAAUGGUGGAAAUUAAUAAAAUGACAGAUGUAAAUAAAAUGGUGGAAAUCAAUAAAAUGACAGAUGUAAAACAAAUGAUGGAAAUUAAUAAAAUGACAGAUGUAAACAAAAUGGUGGAUUUAAAUCGUAAAGAAGUACGACGAAACUCAACAAUGAAUGAAAUCAACAAUGAAAUAAAUAGUGAAACAAAUUUAAAAAAGCUGCGUCGAAAUAUUAUGAACGAUAUGGAGGACGAACUUUAUAAGAGUGAACCAACAACUCCAACCGAAACGACACAUCAUACGUCAACAAAUUUAUAUAAACGUCAAUCGACAACAGCGGUGAGUACGACCACACCAAGUUCCCCGAUUAUAACAAAACCAAUUAUUGUAAAAAAAUCAUCGAGUUUGGAAUUAAUCGAAACAACAAAACGGGAACAAGUACCGAAAAAAAAUCAUUCUGAUACGUUAGAGCGAAAAAAUUCCGAGACACAAGUUAUAUUACGUAAGAAACCGACAUUACCAACAAAAAAACAAAAUGAAGAGCCUGAAUUAAUGAAAGUAUUCGCACGACGCUCGUUAAAAUUAAAUGGUGAUGGGGAUAAUUCAGCAUUGGGACAACAAGUUCUAGUGAUGUUAGAUAAUAUCGAUAAAUCAGAAACAAAUGAAUCGAUUAAAUCACGUGAUAGUGAUAAAGAAAAUGAGGAAGAAAGUACUGUAGAUAUGAAAAAGGAUUUAUUAAUAAUCGAUACAAAUAUGGCGUCCUCAUGUUGUACUGUCAAUAAUAUGAGACUAAGCUUUAAUAAUCCAUCAAAUAGAUUUAUAACUAAGAAAACAAAUAACAAUGAUUGUAACGAACAUAACAACAAAAUUGAAAAUAAUAAGAUGGCGUCAUGGAAAAAAGAGAACAUUGAAAUUGAAUUAAAACCACAGGAGGAUUUUAUACCGAUGUUUAAAAGGAUCCAACAGCGGAAAGAAGAAUGGGAACAAAGGGCACAACAAGCUAUGAAAAAAACAAUUCCAUAGAAUAUUGUUAUUUUUUUUAAAUUGAGAUAAUUUAAUUUCAAGAAAAAAUAAAAGUAAUAAAUUAUUACAAUGCUGGAGUUGGUAAUUUUUUUGAGAUUAGAACAAGCACACACAUCAUAGCUGGCUGUCAAAAAUAAAAAUGGACGCUUGAAAUCAUCAUCAUGGAGGUUAGAGAGAAGGAGAACGAUGGCUACGCGCUAAAGCAUUAACGCGCCUGUCCCUGGAAAUUCGUCGGUAAGUAGUAUCUGCGAAGUUAGCUGUUUAUUGAGACAACUUAGCGAUCGCAGCGCCUCACUUAUUUUGUCCGUAUUUCUGGGACACUAUUUCUACAGCGAUCGUUUUCCUUCUCUCUAACCUCCAUGCUUGACAUUAUCAAUUGUUUUAUUAUCGACUGUUUUUUUUUUUUGUGAUUAACGAUGAUUAUAUCGGAUUGUAUUAUAUUACAUGAAAAGAAAUGGUUCUAAAAUAUACAAAAUGUUCCAGAAUGAUCACCCUCAGAUAAUUUUAUAAUAUUAGUAAGUAUAAUAGGACAGUCGUUCUGAAAUGACUCUUAAAUACUACGCCAGGCUCUGGAUAUACAAAGAAAUAAAUUCUAAGCAGGGAAGAAGUUUAUAAACCCCACAUUUUGUCUUCGUAGAUGAUUUGUAGCAAAUAAUAAGUGGUACAUCGGGUCAAAAAACCUUCAGAAAGAAUUUUCUUCAUAGAAUUCUAUUUUCUUUAUUAUUUUAUUAUCUGAGGGUAAAUUUUUAGAACUUGUAAAUGAAAACUAUGGAGAAAAUUUGAUCCAUUCCACUGUGAAAGAUAUCUGAACCCUUUCUGAGCAAAAAAAGAAAAGGUAUCCAAAUGUAGCUUUACCUUACAGUCUACAAAC